AUGGAGAGACGCGGUGUGGGGGGGGAGAAGCUCAAACCCCCCACGGACUUCACCUCCUCUGCUGGUUCACGGAGCGUCCAGGAGGACCUGGUGCCCCCGUCACAUUUUGCAUCGAGUAUCCAGUCUGCUGCCCCCCCCAGAGGCGUUCAGGUCACAGGGACGACCCCAUCCGUCUCCUGGUUAACAGCAGCACCAUCAGGGGACCCCCACCCUGCCAACCCAUGGCUCGCCAUCACUCAGGCCCGACAGGAAAUCUUGGAGCUGAGGAAGGAAAACCAACGGAUUAUGAUGUUACAGGAAACCAGCAUAAAAGGAAGAAUCCCUGCAGAUCAUCCGUCAGACCUCAGGGCGAGAUCUGCAGAGAGGAGUGAGCAUUGGUCCAGAUGGGAGUCAGAGUGGUGUCUGGAGGCAGAAAAGCACAAGGCCGAGGCGGAGAGGUUGAAGGGCCAGGUGGACACCCUGAAGGACAGUGCACGGAGACACAGAGAGGAGAUCAGAGACGGAGACAGCACCCUGAACAGACAGAGCCUGGAGUUGGAAGCGGUGCGUGAAGAGCUUUGUAAGAAGAAGUCUGAACUCAGCCAAAUCAGAGACGAGCUCAGUCACAGCAGUGUGCAGAAGGAGAAAAUAAGCUCACAGCUUGAGAGACUAAAAAGCGAAUCUGGCGAGGAAACUGCGAGGCUGAGGAGAGACGUAGACCGGAGGAAAGAGGAAACCCGGGAGCUCGCUCUGAAGGCUGAAAUGGGCCGGUCACAGGCUGAGGAGGAAGCCAAACAGCAGACGCUGAGGCUUUCAGAACAUUUGGAGCAAAUUCAGAGGAAGCAAGAGGUGGAGCUUCAACAGUUGAAAGCAUCCCACUCAGCAGAGUUGGGCGAAGCCAAGCAAACAAACAGCGAGCUGCAGGACCGACUUGAAUCGAUGACCUCAGAAGUGCUGCGGCUGAAAAGCACUCAGAUGGAGGUAUCUACCGAGAGAGAUGAGCUGAAAGAACAUCUAAGCCAAAUGGGACAAGCUUUCGAAACCCAAUCUGCAACACUGCACAGCCUCAGAAAUUACAUCGGCCAGCUCGCCCCAGAGAAACAAGAGAAGGAACAAUUAAAUGAAGUGGUUGAGAGGCUGAACAAAGAGAAGGCAACUCUUAAGAUGACCGCAGAGCUUUUGACAAUCAGGCUUAACUCUGUGAACGAGAUACUCGCCCUUCAAGAAGAGAAAAUGGUGAAGGAGACCUUGACAGACCCACAUGGAAAGAAUGGAUCUGAAGGCCUUCAAGUGAUUCAGCUCUGGAGAGAAAAAGUGUUCAAGUUAUGUGUUCAGCUUCGCUCCAAGGACAUUGAAUUAAGAGGAGAAAAGGAUGAAGUCCUUUCAAAACUCAGCUCUUUGGAGGUGCACCUCCAGCAGGAGCAGCACCGGGCUUGUGUCCUCCAGCACAGUCUAGAUGACAGGAUAGCUGAGCUGGAUCUGGAGAGAGUGGAAAAGGAGACGUUAAGACAGGACUUGGCCCAGGCUCACAAGGAAAAUUCUCAGCUAAAGUCUCAGAGCCAGAAAUCGGCGUCUGAACUUAAAAUUCUGACAGAGGCCGUGCAAAGGUUCCGUCUGGCAUUUGAAAGUAAGGUGGCAGAAGUGGAUGCAGCUCAAUCAAGGCUCAACACUUUCACCCAGAGGCUCAUUUUCGCUAAAAGACGAGUGGAGACAAUCCAAGCUUUGCUCAUGAGGAGAGUGGCUCUGCAGAAAAUUAAGCAGGCCGGUAAAGAGACUGAAGAGGCCGCUGACAGCCUGACAAACCUCCAGACAGAGCUCGGGUUGGUGUGUGAAGAGAGAGACAAGCUCACACAGGAGCUCAAAAGAACCCCGGAGCUCAUCGAGAAAGCCUUGGCCGAUCUGAAAGAACAGUAUGAAAGCAAACGGAGGCAGCAGCAACAGGAGCUGGAGCAGAGCUGGACGGAGGUCCGGCAGGCUGCGGCUGGGAGAGAGGAGGCGGAGAGGAGCCUGCAGCACUCGCAGGCACAGCUGGAGGAGUGCAAGGGCAACCUGGAGAACCUCCGCUCUGAGCUGCUCACCCAGCAGGAGCACAGCGAGCAGGUCCUGCAGGAGAGGGUGUCUGAGAUGGACGACUGCUGUGCUGAGAAGCUGAGAGAGAUGGAGGUUCAAGUCAAUACAGCCAGGAGAGAGCACACUAAAGCAGUUAUGACAUUGCGGCAGUUUCAGAGAGAGGAAGCAAGGAAACAGGAUGAGAAGGGAGAAGCUCAGUAUUUAGGGGGUGCACACACAAAGAGGAAAGUUCAGAAUGCACAACCAAAGGAGAUUGAAAAGGACAAAAGCCUAUUGAUGGCCACUGUUGCUGAGCGAGGGCUGACGAGUGAGUACACAAGACUUCAUGCAGCAGCUUCACAAAACUCUGCUGCUCCCAGAGAACAACAACAAAAACCUUCAGAGAGGAGUAGCUCUGUCCAACUACCUGCUAAGGAGAGACUCCUGUCUGUUUUGGAGGAGCUCCGCACUCUCAGUGCUGCAGUGGUACACAGCUCGGAGGACUCUGCUGAGGAGGAGGAGGAGGAGGAGGGAGAGAAAAACAGUGUGGGUCCAUCCACAGACAGCUUGCACAGCUGA